GUCGCCGAGGCGACGCGCAGGCAGUUGGGCCGCUCUUGGCAAUUACAGGAACAACAGCAAGCUGCAAUCGUAGUAGAUCGAGAUCAAGCUCAGCCAUGGCAGACGUCGCGUUCCUGCCGCCGCAGGACAUCCACCCCAACAACGCCGUGUUCGCUGCUCGCAGUCUGCCUCGCCCACUCACGUGGCAACGGCGCGAGCACAUGACGCACCGCUGUACGAUCCUCACGCGUAUUGGACAACUGCUGGUGCGCAACGCACGAGUCGUGCUUAGUCAGCAAGGGAACGCCGUCACAGGUGGCACAGACCUUAGCAAGACUUGGGUGCUGGCUCGUAAGCUGGAGGUGCUCAUGUUCAUCCACUCGGCGUCGCUUCUUGAAUACGCUAACAUGGACAGUUUGGCACGUCGCGUACAGGCGCUAACGGCCGGUAUUGUGAACAAGAAGAUCCGUCGAGCCACGAAUGUGAUGCCACCCACAUGCGAGACUGGAUUAACUUCGACGGUGCCGACACAAGCAGCACUUAGAGCUACCACCGUCGCUUCCCGUGUACGCUGUCCACCGACAAUGCUGCCUGUGGUGCAUCCCACGCCAACCCCACAACUACCUGGACAAACAUUCAGUCCGUCGUUGACAGGCUCAGCUACAGCCCCGGUCGCUUCUGCUGGUGGCAGCGUUCGCCCACUGCCACGUAUCUCGCAUCUGAUCCAUAAGCGUAGUAUUGAUGAAACAGAGUGCGAUUGCCACGGGAACGACGCAAACGUCCGCAAGCGGAUGCGCAUCGCGUUGAUGCCAGAGCAGGAGCAGGAGCCAGAGACGGAGCUGGAGGGUAAGCGCAACUUCAGUGAACUGGGUAUUCUGUUGUUCCGCGGAUACGAGGAACUGAGUAAGAUCAUCUGGAGCUAUGUAGAUGGCGUACAGAUCAUGCGUUCGCGUGCCGUGUGCCGUAUUGCCGUUGCUUUGGCUCCUCUGUUUGUGACGUCGCUGCAGUUGAGCUGCAACGCUGUGCAGAAGGCACUUGCGACUCGGACUGGAGGUGAUGCGUGUAUUUUACGUGAGUGUAUCCAUCUUCGCCAGCUGGAAAUUGUAUCGCUGUCCGCAGGAAUGACAUUCGGGAAGCUGUCGAUGCGCGCCACCAAUUGUCCACAGCGGUUCGUUGUGACGCACGAUGAUCACGAGCAGAUUGUCUUGUCCAUGGCGGAGCAAAUGCGUCUGAACACGUUCCCGGGACUUUCACGGUUGAGUAUCACGUGUUUGUUCACGAACGAAGAGGCCGAUGGAGAAGCCGACGUCCUGUUGAACACGUUGAUGCUUGGAUGUUGUCCGAACAUCGAGGAGCUGUGUCUUCCUGGAAACAGUUUCGGUGACUAUGGAGCUACUAAAGUGGCGCAGAUGCUGCGAUCUCAGGUCUGUCCGAAGCUCACGAGACUAGAUCUGCGUCGUAACUUUAUCGGGGAGGAUGGAAUUCGCAGCUUGUGUCACGCAUUGGCUGACGGCUAUGCGCCCAACCUCAUGGAGCUCUGCUUAGGUGGCAAUACGAUCACAGACUCAAGUUUCCAUCACGUGUUGUAUGCGAUGGAGAGCCGACAAUUGAAGAAAUUGCGCUUUUUGGGUAUUGAGAUGAACUAUUUGACGGCUACGAGUAUGCAGAUGCUGGGACGAACAGUGGGCAAGCUGGUUUGCCCCGUCCUCUCGCAGAUCUCGUACAGUGACAACAGUGUGGACAACGACUCUGCCAAGAGGCUGAUCGCGACUGCUGUGUACCAAGAGCGAGUGUGGCAGGCUAAACGUCAGCAGCGGAUUCGAGAUGGCACCAUCAGUGAGGGCGAGAGCUCUGGUGGUGAGCAGCUCUCAGACGAGGAGAUCGUUUGA